UAAUGUUGAUACUGUUUGUAAACAACGAUUGAUCUUCAUCAAUAAAGAUGGGUUUCGACUUUAAAUUUAUUAGUAGAUCAUUAGAACAGUUUUAUUUUAGUUUAUUGUAUAAUAAGGGUAAGACUCCAUACGAUCUAGCAGCAAAAGAAGAAAAUGGGCAGUAUAAGGAGGUGAUGGAAUACUUACAGGAACUAUCAAAUCCAAUUUUGACCAAACUCAGACAGUUAAAUAGAAAUGAGUUCCAGGAUCUUGUAGCUCUCGGAACAUUUGCUUCCUAUGAAAACAGGGUUUAUUUGUCUGGGCCUUGUAACAUUGGGAAAUCGUCGCUUGCAAGUAUUCUUAUCGGCGAGGAAAUUCCAAAGACGUGGUUUUCAACUGAUGGACUAAUUAUUCAUUUUGGAAGAAAUGGCAUCGACUUACAACAACGAAAGAUGAUUCCAUUGGAAAAAGGUAGUGGUGAUGUUUUAGCAAAACUACUUCUCGGGAAUCCAGAAUUAAAGAAACAACCAAGUCUGCAAGAUGAGAGUAUAGAAAAAAAUCCAGGUGAUCCAAAGUCUAAUGUUAAAACAAAGGGAAAUCAAUUAAAUCUAUCGAAUGUAAAUCUGGGUCCUUCAAACCAGGAACACAUGUCAUCGAAAUCAAAUCAGGAGACAUCAAAAGACUUCAAGGAACAACCAAUCCAUACUGCUAAUUCCAUUCAAGAUGACUUAUUGGUAAAGAUUAAGAAAGGUACAAAUAUCAUGAAUAUAGCACCAUCAGAUCUGGUCGAUUUUGGUGGACAAAAAUCAUUUGAUAUGACCCAUCAGUUAUUUAUCCAGCACAGGGGAACGUUCAUUCUGAUGUUUGAUGGACGUAAAGGCCUUUAUACAGAAUUAGAAGAAUAUCCGCAAGGAGAUGUUACUGCAGCAUCUAUUCUGGAGCAUUGGAUUAAUUCUGUAUUGACAUACUGUAACAAAACUGAAGAUAAAAUGCCAAGAAUUUUGUUUGCGGCCACUCAUAGUGAUAGCUUCUCAGAGGAUGAGCAAAAGAAACUGGUGCUUAAAUUCAAAGAAGAACUGCGGAAAAUGUUUUCCUUUCACAAGCUUCAUGAGCAUAUCAUGUAUGACAAUGUCUUUUUCAUGAAUGCAACGGAUGCAGCAGAUCGAGAUAUUGAGCGCUUGAAGGAUACAUUAGUUGAUAUCGCCUUUCAGCAGUCAACAUGGGGACAACAGAUGCCGAUUGUUUGGGUGCCUCUUGAUUUACAGAUAUCAGAUAUGAGAGCAGAGGGAGUAAAGUUGAUAACAAAGAAGAGACUUUUAGAGAUAAACAAAUCUAAUAAUGAAUUUGCUCUAAAUGAAAGAAGAGUAGACGAUUUCUUACUUGUUCAGCACUCGAUCGGAAAGCUGUUGUAUUUCGAUGAACCUGCUUUGAGAGAUUUCAUUGUCAUUCAACCUUCAGCAAUGGUCAAUAUCCUGAGAGCCUUCGUUACAGACAUAAUGUUUUGGCCAGAAAAAGGACCUGUUCGAGACAUACUUGAAAAAUUAUCAUCUACUGGAGUUCUAAAGAAGACAGAUCUUAUUACUCUUUGGUCACAACCAGCUUUCAAGGAAAUUUUGACCGAUAUCAGAACAAAGGAAUAUAUAGUGCAAGUCCUCCUCCAUCUAGAUAUCCUUGUAGAACCUAAAAGAUACACUGAAACGGAAGUUGCUGCAGAUUCUUUUCUAGUACCCUGCAUUGUGAAGGAAAAUAUUCCACAAAAAAUGCGCAGAAAUGCAACAGACGACAAAACACUAUGCAUAGCUUAUCAUCUGAAGGAGACAGUAGUUCCAUCUGCUUUGUCGUUCAAGCUUAUAGGGGCUGCUAUUAGCAUCUGGCCUCUGAAAGUAGACGCCUCUCGGUUUUGUCUUUAUUUUCAAGCUGCAAUUAUGGAUGCUGACAACAGAAAUGAACUUCAAAUUCAUGUUAAAGGGCAGAGAAUAUUUGCAUACCUCAUCAAUGACGAGUCAAAGCAGCUCAUAUCACCAGAUCUAGCAACAACAACACAGGAAUGCCUAACUUUGGCACUUGAACGAAUUCUUCAGUUUUACCAUCGUUGUUUUGGUAAACAAAGUCACCAUUUAAUGUCAGAUCUGUUUGAAAUAGAAGUCGGAGAAGUAUGCAAAGGCGAAACGUGCUUACUUCCAUUAUGUGAUGCUAAAACAAGAAAGUCUUGGAUAUGCAAGAAUGGAAUAGAACAUAAAACCAAAAUUUCUCUGAACUGGGUUUUUGAUAAGGUCAGUGACACUUUUUUAUAACUAUUAUCU